GGAGAAGCCCCCUCAGGAUCCCUCUCCUCGGGUGCCCCUCCCCGUGCCAAAGACCACCUGAGCUGUGUUAUUGUUCCCAAAAUCCUCCCAAAUCCUUGGGAUAAAUCAGAUUCCCUAACAAUGCUUUGUGGUGUCAGUGAUUCAGGCAUUAUUUUAUCCUUGGCCAGGGUUUUGGUGUGUAGCUGACAGGGCUCUGGCCUCCACACAGACCCCGAUCCAAAACCUUUCCACUUAUUUAUACGUUUUUAGCAAACAAAAGAAUCAACGUUCACUGGCUCUAAGCCACACAAUUCUCUUCAUCAAUCACCAUUCUGUUCAUUAUUAGUUUCUUGCUCUUCCUGCUUAUUUGGCCCACAUCCUUUAGUCCUUUUAUCAGCAGGGACUCUGCAGCUUUCCAGGCCUUGAUCUCCUCUGUAUCUCCUGGUUGCUCCAACAUCCUCCAAGUGCUAUAAAUUUAAAUUCCCAGAUAUCCAAGUCCCUUUGGUUCAGUUUGCUGGAGCUGGUCAACGUUGGUUUCAGCAAACUUCAGGCUUCAAGUGAUUUAAAGAUCAAAGUAACAAUAAGGGCCUGUGAGGAAACUCGACCAGUGCUGCCUGCAAGUGGGCACUGUUCACUGUUUAUUAAAAAAAAAAAACCUCAUUAAAAAUUAUUAAAGGAAGCGAUUUCCAGUAUUGCCAGCUUACUGACCUUCUGGGAGAUGGGAGUGGGACAGAAAGGGGAAGGGGAGGGAAAAAGGAAUAGGAGGGAAAAGGGAGGGGCCUCCAUGCCUUGCCUGGCGGAGGAUUCCUGAACAUUCCACAUGUUUCUGGAAGCUCAGGAGCUUUGGGAUUCACUUCCCCUGAUUCCUGAGGCCCAGAACUGCAGUCACACAUUGCAGGGCCCAAACGGGACAAUACAGAGCCCAGGCUUCCCCUAUGGAUACCCCAAUUAUGCAAACUGCACGUGGACAAUCACUGCUGAAGAGCAGAACAGGAUACAGCUUGUUUUCCAGUCCUUUGCAUUAGAGGAAGAUUUUGAUGUAUUAUCUAUCUACGAUGGGCUGCCUCAGCAGGGGAAUCUGAGAACGAGGCUGACAGGAUUCCAGCUGCCUGCUCCCAUCGUCAGUACCGGCCUCGUGCUGUCCCUGUGGCUCGUCAGUGACUACGCCGUGAGUGCCCAAGGCUUCCAGGCCAGCUAUGAGGCCCUGCCCAGCCACACGUGCGGGAACCCGGGGCGGCUGCGGAACGGGGUCCAGCAAGGGACCACCUUCAGCAUCGGGGACAGGGUCAGGUACAGCUGCAACCCCGGCUUCUUCCUGGAGGGCCACGCCCUGCUCACCUGCCAGGCCAGCUCAGGACACGGAGCCUCCUGGGAUUUCCCUCUCCCUGUCUGCAGAGCCGACGACGCCUGCGGAGGGACCCUGCGGGGCCAGAGCGGGAUCAUCUCCAGCCCUCACUUCCCCCUGGAGUAUGGCAACAAUGCAGACUGCACCUGGACCAUCCUGGCCGAGCCUGGGGACACCAUUGCCCUGGUUUUCAUGGAUUUUCAGCUGGAGGAUGGAUACGAUGUCCUGGAAGUUGCUGGCACAGAGGGAUCCUCGCUCUGGUUCACUGGGAUGAAUUUGCCCGCCCCUGUGAUCAGCAGCAAAAAUUGGCUGCGGCUCCACUUCACCUCUGACGGCAACCACAGGCAGAAGGGCUUCAGUGCCCAGUACCAAGUCAAGAAGCAGAUGGAGCUGAAGUCCAGAGGGGUGAAGCUCAUGCCCAGCAAGGACAACAACCAGAAGACAUCUGUGUUAACUCAGGUUGGUGUGUCCCAGGGACAUAAUUUGUGUCCAGACCCUGGGAUUCCUGAGAGAGGCAAAAGGAUAGGCAACGAUUUUAGGCUGGGCUCCAGCAUCCAGUUCUCCUGCAAUGAGGGCUACGACCUGCAGGGCUCCAAGAGCAUCACCUGCAAGAGAGUCAGCGACAUCAUCGUGGCCUGGAGCGACCACCGGCCCGUCUGCAGAGCCAGGAUGUGUGACACGUACCUGCGUGGGCCCAGCGGGGUCAUCACCUCCCCCAACUACCCCGUGCAGUACGACAACAACGCCUACUGCGUGUGGGUCAUCACCGCCCUCAACCCGGCCAAGGUGAUCAAACUCACCUUCGAGGAAUUCGAGCUGGAGAGAGGCUACGACACGCUGACAGUGGGGGAUGGAGGCCAGGUCGGAGACCAGAAAUCUGUGCUUUAUGUCCUGACGGGCACCACUGUCCCCGACCUCAUAGUCAGCACCCAGCACCAGAUGUGGCUCCUGUUCCAGACAGACAGUGUCAGCAACCUGCUGGGCUUCAAAGCCACCUACGAGGAGAUCGACCAGGGCAGCUGUGGCGAUCCCGGGAUCCCCGCCUUCGGCCGCAGAGAAGGCUCCACCUUCCGCCACGGGGACACUCUGCACUUCGAGUGCCAGCCCGCCUUCGAGCUGAAGGGCCACAAAAGCAUAACCUGCCAAAAGAGCAGCCAGUGGUCUGCUCAGAAACCUGUGUGUGUUUUUUCCUGCUUUUUCAACUUCACCAGCCCGUCGGGGAUCGUGCUGUCCCCGAACUACCCCGAGGAGUACGGGAGCAGCCUGCACUGCGUGUGGCUCAUCAUCGCCAACCCCGAGAGCAGGAUCCACCUGGCCUUCAAUGACUUCGAUGUGGAGCCCCAGUUCGACUUCCUGGCCGUCAAGGACGGGGGCACGGCCGAGUCACCGGUGCUGGGCACCUUCUCAGGGAGCCACAUCCCCUCCUCACUGACCAGCAGCGGCCAUGUGGCCAGGCUGGAGUUCCAGACUGACCACUCCAUGGAGAAGAGAGGCUUCAACAUCACCUUCACCACGUUCCGGCACAACGAGUGUCCGGACCCCGGCGUGCCGGUGAACGGGAAGCGCUUUGGGGACAGCCUGCAGCUGGGCAGCUCCGUGUCCUUCCUGUGUGACGAGGGCUUCAUCCGCACCCACGGCGCCGAGACCGUCACCUGUGUCCUGCAGGAGGGCAACGUGGUGUGGGACAACGCCGUGCUGCGCUGUGAAGCACCCUGUGGGGGCCACCUGACGUCACCCAGCGGAACCAUCCUGUCCCCAGGCUGGCCUGGCUUCUACAAGGACUCGCUGAGCUGUGCCUGGGUCAUCGAGGCCCAGCCAGGCUACCCCAUCAAGAUCACCUUUGACAGGUUCAAGACAGAGGUGAAUUAUGACACUCUGGAGGUGCGGGAUGGCCGGUCCUACUCCUCACCCCUUAUUGGGGUCUACGACGGCACCCAGGUGCCCCAGUUCCUGAUCAGCACCAGCAACCACCUCUACCUCCUGUUCACCACCGACAAGAGCCACUCUGACAUCGGCUUCCAGAUCCGAUAUGAAACUGUGAAGCUGCAGUCCGACCACUGCCUGGACCCGGGGAUCCCGGUGAACGGGCAGCGCCACGGGAACGAUUUCUACGUGGGAGCGCUGGUGACGUUCAGCUGUGACCCCGGCUACACCCUGAGCGACAGUGAGGCCCUGGAGUGCGAGCCCAACUUCCAGUGGAGCCGGCCCCUGCCCAGCUGCGAGGCUCUCUGUGGGGGCUACAUCCGUGGCUCCAGUGGCACCAUCCUCUCCCCAGGCUUCCCUGAUUUUUAUCCCAACAACCUGAACUGCACAUGGACGAUAGAAACAUCCCAUGGGAAAGGUGUGUUCUUCACCUUCCACACGUUCCACCUGGAGAAUGGCCACGAUUACCUGCUGAUCACUGAGAACUCCAGCUUUGCCCAGCCCCUGAAGCAGCUGACAGGGUCCCAGCUGCCAGCCCCGCUCAGUGCAGGGCUCUUUGGGAACUUCUCAGCCCAGAUCCGCUUCAUCUCCGACUUCUCCAUGUCCUAUGAAGGCUUUAACAUCACCUUCUCAGAGUAUGACUUGGAGCCGUGUGACGAGCCAGAAGUGCCGGCCUACAGCAUCAGGAAAGGGCUGCAGUUCGGAGUGGGGGACGUGCUGACCUUCUCCUGCUUCCCGGGGUACCGGCUGGAGGGAGCAUCCCGGAUCACCUGCCUGGGCGGGAGACGGCGUGUGUGGAGUUCGCCUCUGCCAAGGUGUGUUGCUGAGUGUGGCUCGUCCGUGACGGGAACCCAGGGUGUGCUGCUGUCCCCCAACUACCCCCUGAACUACAACAACAACCACGAGUGCAUCUACUCCAUCCAGAGCCAGCCAGGGAAAGGCAUCCAGCUGAAAGCCAGGACCUUCGAGCUGGAGGCAGGAGAUGUCCUCAAGGUCUACGAUGGCACCAACAGCUCUGCCCGGCUGCUGGGCACCUUCAGCCGCUCGGAGCUGCUGGGCACCAGCAUCAACAGCACCUCCAGCUCCAUGUGGCUGGAAUUCAUCACUGACACCGCCAACACCAGCAAGGGCUUCGAGCUGCAGUUCUCCAGUUUUGAGCUCAUCAAGUGUGAGGACCCCGGCAUCCCCCAGUUUGGGUACAAGGUGCAUGACGAGGGACACUUUGCUGGCAGCUCGGUGUCCUUCAGCUGUGACCCUGGCUACACCCUGAGAGGCACCAGGGUGCUGGUGUGCCUGACCGGGGAGAGGAGAGCCUGGGACCAGCCCCUGCCGACCUGUGUGGCUGAGUGUGGAGGGACAAUCAGAGGAGAGGCCUCGGGACGGAUCCUUUCUCCAGGAUAUCCAACUCCCUAUGACCACAACCUCAACUGCAUCUGGAUCAUUGAGGCAGAGCCUGGAUGUACCAUUGGGCUUCAUUUCAUGGUUUUCCACACGGAGGAGUUCCACGACGUGCUGCGGAUCUGGGACGGGCCGGUGGAGAACGGGAUCCUGCUGAAGGAGAUGAGCGGCUCGGGGCUGCCCGGGGACAUCCACAGCACCUUCAACUCCGUCAUCCUGCAGUUCAACACCGACUUCUUCACCAGCAAGCAGGGCUUUGCCAUCCAGUUCUCAGUUUCCACGGCCACUUCCUGCAACGACCCAGGAAUCCCCCAGAACGGGAGCCGCAGUGGGGACAGCAAAGAGGCCGGGGACUCCAUCACCUUCCAGUGCAACCCCGGCUACGCCCUGCAAGGGGAGGCCCAGAUCACCUGUGUGCAGAUCGAGAACAGGUUCUUCUGGCAGCCAGACCCGCCCAUCUGCACAGCUCCCUGUGGCGGGAUCCUGACGGGCCCGGCUGGGGUGAUCCUGUCCCCGCAGUACCCGGAGCCCUACCCCCCAGGGAAGGAGUGUGACUGGAAGCUGACGGUGUCCCCUGACUAUGUCAUCGCCCUGGUGUUCAACAUCUUCAGCCUGGAGCCUGGCUAUGAUUUCCUGCACAUCUAUGACGGGCCUGACUCCCUGAGCCCCCUGAUUGGGAGUUUUUAUGGCUCCCAGCUCCCGGAGAGGAUCGAGAGCAGCAGCAACAGCCUUUUCCUGGCAUUCCGGAGCGACGCCUCCGUCAGCAGCGCUGGCUUCGUCAUCGAGUACACAGAGAACCCUCGGGAGUCCUGCUUUGACCCAGGGUCCAUCAAGAACGGCACCAGGGUGGGCACGGACCUGAAGCUGGGCUCCACCAUCACCUUCUACUGUGAUGGGGGCUACAACAUCGAGGGGGGCCCCACCCUCACCUGUGUGAUGGGAGCAGAUGGAAAGCCCACCUGGAACAAGCUUCGCCCCACCUGUACAGCUCCCUGUGGAGGGCAGUACACGGGCUCGGAUGGAGUCGUCCUGUCCCCAAAUUAUCCCCAAAACUACACCAGUGGCCAGGUGUGCCUGUACUCCAUCAUCGUGCCCAAGGACUACGUGCUCUUCGGGCAGUUCGCCUUUUUCCAGACAGCGCUCAAUGAUGUGGUGGAAGUGCACGAUGGCCCCACGCAGCACUCGCGCCUGCUCAGCUCCCUCUCGGGCUCUCACUCAGGGGAAUCUUUGCCGUUGGCCACCACCAACCAGAUCCUCAUCAAAUUCAGCUCCAAGGGUCAGUCCACAGCCAAAGGCUUUCAUUUUGUCUACCAAGCCGUGCCCCGCACCAGCGCCACGCAGUGCAGCUCGGUGCCGGAGCCGCGGCACGGGCGGCGCCUGGGCAGCGACUUCGCCGUGGGCGCCGUGGUGCGCUUCGAGUGCAGCCCUGGCUACGGCCUGCGCGGCUCCCCCGCCAUCCAGUGCCUGGCCAUGCCCGGGGCCCUGGCACAGUGGAACUCCUCCGUCCCCACCUGCCUGGUGCCCUGUGGGGGGAACCUGACGGAGAGGAAAGGAACCAUCCUGUCCCCAGGCUUCCCCGAGCCCUACCUGAACAGCCUCAACUGCGUGUGGAAGAUCACAGUGCCUGAGGGAGCAGGGAUCCAGAUCCAGGUGAUCAGUUUUGUCACGGAGCAGAACUGGGAUUCCCUGGAAGUGUUUGAUGGAGGAGACAACACAGCCACCAUGCUGGGGAGCUUCUCUGGAACCACAGUGCCUGCGCUGCUCAACAGCACUUCAAACCAGCUCUAUCUGCAUUUCUACUCUGACAUCAGCGUCUCUGCUGCCGGCUUUCACCUGGAAUACAAAACCGUGGGCCUGUCCAGCUGCCCGGAGCCGCAGGUUCCUGGGAACGGGCUGAAGAUCGGCGAGCGCUACCUGGUGAACGACGUGGUGUCCUUCCAGUGCGAGCCAGGCUAUGCCCUGCAGGGCCACUCCCACAUCUCCUGCAUGCCGGGCACGGUGCGCCGCUGGAAUUACCCUCCACCCCUCUGCAUCGCCCAAUGUGGAGGAACAGCAGAAGAGAUGGAAGGUGUGCUCCUGAGCCCAGGCUUCCCAGGAAAUUAUCCCAGCAACCUGGACUGCACAUGGAGGAUCCUGCUGCCAGUGGGGUUUGGUGCCCACAUCCAGUUCCUGAACUUCUCCACAGAGCCCAACCACGACUUUGUGGAGAUCCGGAACGGGCCCUACGACACCAGCAGCGUCAUCGGGCGCUUCAGCGGUGCCGAGCUGCCUGGCUCCCUCCUGUCCACCUCCCACGAAACCACCGUCUACUUCCACAGUGACCACUCCCAGAACAAGCCAGGCUUCAAGCUGGAAUACCAAGCCUACGAGCUGCAGGAAUGCCCUGACCCGGAGCCUUUUGCCAACGGAGUGGUGAGAGGAGCUGGCUACAACGUUGGCCAGUCCAUCUCCUUCGAGUGCCUGCCUGGCUACCAGCUGAUCGGGCACCCCGUGCUCACCUGCCAGCACGGCACCAACAGGAACUGGGACCACCCCCUGCCCAGGUGUGAAGUGCCUUGUGGGGGCAAUGUCACUGCCCAGAAUGGGACAGUUUACUCUCCUGGCUUCCCCAACCAGUACCCAAAUUCCCAGGAUUGCACCUGGCUCCUGACAGUGCCAGUGGGAUACGGGAUCCACCUGAACUUCACCGUGCUGCAGACAGAGCCCUACAACGACUUCAUCACUGUCUGGGAUGGGCCUCAGCAAACAGCCCCCCAGCUGGGCGUGUUCACAGGCAGCUCGGCCAAGAAAUCCGCCCAGAGCUCCUCCAACCAGGUCCUGCUGAAAUUCCACAGCGACGCCGCCAACGGAGGCAUCUUCGCCAUCUACUUCUAUGCUUUCCAGCUUUUCCGCUGCCAGCCUCCCACCAUCGUUCCCAACGCCGAGAUCAUCACAGAGAAUGAGGAGUUCAACAUCGGUGACAUCGUGAGGUACCGGUGCCUUCCCGGCUUCACCCUGAUCGGGAAUGAAAUCCUCACCUGCAAACUGGGCACCCACCUGCAGUUCGAGGGACCCCCACCCACCUGUGAAGUGCACUGCCCCAUGAACCAGCUGAUGACAGAUUCCACCGGGGUGAUCCUAAGCCAGAGCUUCCUGGGAAGUUACCCCCACUUCCAGACCUGCUCCUGGGUGGUGAAGGUGGAGCCAGGGUACAACAUCUCCCUCACCAUUGAGUACUUCCUCAGUGAGAAGCAGUUUGAUGAGUUCGAAAUCUUCGAUGGUCCCUCUGGGCAGAGCCCCCUGCUGCUGUCCCUGAGUGGGAAUUACUCGGCCCCUCUGACCGUCACCAGCAGCGGGAACAGUGUCUUCCUGCGCUGGUCCUCCGACCACGCCUACAACAGGAAAGGCUUCAAAAUCCGCUACUCCGCUCCCUACUGCAGCCUCCCGCAGCCCCCAGCGCACGGGAUGAUCCUGAGCAGCUCCGGGCUGCGCCCCGGCAGCUCCGUGCGCUUUGCGUGCGACGCCGGAUACCGCCUGGUGGGACACAGCACCACCACCUGCACCCAGCACCCCCAGGGACACUUCCACUGGAGGGAAGCCAUCCCUCUGUGCCAAGCUCUCUCGUGUGGAGUUCCCCGAGCGCCGAGGAACGGGGUUGUGUUUGGGAAGGAGUACACGGUGGGCACCAAGGCCGUGUACCAGUGCAACCAGGGCUUCCAGCUGCAGCCAGGAGCCCAGCCCAGCACCGAGUGCCUGCAGGAGGGAGUCUGGAGCAACGGGAACCAGCCCCCUCUCUGCAUGGCCGUGACGUGCCCUGACGUGGGCAGCAUCGCGGUGGAGCACGGCCGCUGGCGCCUCACCUACGAGGUGCACUACCACUACAACGCCCAGCUGAUGCUCAUCUGCGACCCUGGCUACUACUACACGGGCCAGAGGGUCAUCCGCUGCCAGGCCAACGGCACCUGGAGCAUCGGGGAGCCCGUGCCCACCUGUAAAAUUAUCUCCUGUGGGGAGCUGCCCACCCCUCCCAACGGGAACAAGAUCGGGACCCUCACCAGUUAUGGAGCCACUGCCAUCUUCUCCUGCAACACUGGCUACACCCUGGUGGGCUCCCGGGUCCGGGAGUGCAUGGCCAACGGGCUCUGGAGCGGGGCUGAGGUCCGGUGUCUGGCCGGGCACUGCGGCGUGCCCAGCCCCAUUGUGAACGGGCAGAUCAACGGGGAGAACUACAACUACCGGGGCAGCGUGGUGUACCAGUGCCAGCCCGGCUUCCGCCUGAUCGGCAUGUCCGUGCGCAUCUGCCAGCAGGAUCACCGCUGGUCCGGGAAAACGCCUGUCUGUGUGCCCAUCACCUGUGGGCACCCUGGCAACCCCCCCAACGGCGUCACCCAGGGCUCCCAGUUCAACCUCAACGACGUGGCCAAAUUCCAGUGCAACCCCGGCUUCCGCCUGGAGGGAGCUUCCCAAUCCCAGUGCCUGGCCAACGGCCAGUGGAGCAGCACCCUGCCCUCCUGCCGAGUUGUGAACUGUUCUGACCCUGGGCACCUGGAAAACAGCGUCCGGCAAGUGCAGCCCAGCGGCCCCCACAGGUUCAGCUUCGGCACCACUGUGUCCUAUCAGUGCAUCCACGGAUUUUAUUUGUUGGGAACACACGUCCUGACGUGCCAGGGCGAUGGCACGUGGGACAGAGCCCUCCCCCAGUGCCUUUUGGUGUCGUGUGGCCACCCUGGGUCCCCUCCCCACGCGCAGAUCUCGGGGGACAAGCACACGGUGGGCUCCGUGGUCAGGUACAGCUGCCUGGGCAGGCGCACCCUGGUCGGGAAUUCCACACGGAUGUGCCAGCUGGACGGGCGCUGGAGCGGCUCCCUGCCCCACUGCUCUGGGGGCAGCCAGGGUGUGUGCGGUGAUCCCGGGAUCCCUUCCCACGGGAUUGGCCUGGGGGACACCUUUGACGUGGGCAGCGUGGUGAGGUUCAGCUGCGAGCCCGGCUACACCCUGCGGGGCUCCUCCGAGAGGAUCUGCCAUUCCAACGGCUCCUGGAGCGGCACGCAGCCCGAAUGCGAAGUGAUCUCCUGUGGGAAUCCUGGAACACCUAGCAAUGCCAGGGUGAUUUUCAACGACGGUCUGGUGUUCUCCAGCUCCAUCAUCUACCAGUGCAGGGAAGGUUAUUACUCCACAGGGGUGCUGAGCAGGCACUGCACCGUCAACGGGACCUGGACUGGGACCAGCCCCGAGUGCACUGUGAUCAACUGUGGAGACCCCGGUGUGCCAGCCAACGGGCUCAGGCUGGGCAGCGACUUCACCUACAACAAAUCCGUGGUGUUCCAGUGCACUCCCGGCUUCAUGAUGGAGUCAGACAGGGCAGCUGCUCUCACCUGCACCAGAGACCGCACCUGGAACGGCACCAAACCUGUCUGCAAAGCCAUCACCUGCAGAGCUCCCCAGGCCAUUCCCAACGGGAAGGUGGUGGGCUCGGAUUUCAGCUGGGGCUCCAGCGUCAGCUACGCCUGCCUCGAGGGGUACCAGCUGUCCCUCCCCGCCGUGCUCACCUGCGAGGGCAACGGCUCCUGGAGCGGGGAGAUCCCCCAGUGCUUCCCCGUGUUCUGUGGGGACCCGGGGACCCCGGCCCAGGGCAGGCGGGAGGACCGAGGUUUCACCUACCGCUCGUCCGUGUCCUUCUCCUGCCUGGCCCCGCUGGUGCUCGUGGGGUCGGCACGGAGGUUCUGCCAGUCCGAUGGCACCUGGAGCGGGACCCAGCCCAGCUGCAUCGAUCCCAGCCUCACGACAUGUGCAGAUCCAGGAGUGCCUCUUUUUGGGAUGCAGAACAAUUCCCAGGGAUACCAGGUGGGAAGCAUCCUGCUCUUCAGGUGCCAGAAGGGAUAUCUCCUGCAGGGCUCCACCACCAGGACCUGCCUGCCCAACCUGACCUGGAGCGGCGUCCAGCCCGACUGUGUCCCCCACCACUGCAAGCAGCCUGAGACCCCGUCCCAUGCCAACGUGGGUGCCCUGGACCUGCCCUCCCUGGGCUACACCUUGAUCUACUCCUGCCAGAGCGGCUUCUACCUCACCGGGGGCUCCGAGCACCGCACCUGCAAAGCCGACGGCAGCUGGACAGGGAAACCCCCCAUCUGCCUGGCCGAUGUCCGUCCCAGCGGGAGGCCUGUGGGCACUGCACGGGAGCCGCCACUCGCCAAGGUCUCAGUGCCUGCGGAUGUGUUUGCGAGGAAUUCCCUGUGGAAAGGCUCCUACGAGUACCUGGGGAAGAAGCAGCCAGCCAUGCUCUCUGUCACCAGCUUCGACCCCACCACCAGCAAGGUCAACGCCACCUUGAUCGACCACAGCGGGGUGGAGCUCCAGGUGUCCGGGAUUUAUAAGAAGGAAGAUGUGCACCUGCUGCUCCAGGUGUACCAGAUCAUGGGGCCGCUGGAGAUCUUUGCCAACAAGUUCCGGAAUGACAAAUGGGCUCUGGAUGGACAUGUCUCAUCGGAGUCCUCAAGUGGCACCUUCGUGUACCAGGGUUUCGUGCGUGGCAAAGGCUUCGGGCAGUUUGGCCUCCAGAGACUUGACAUCAGCAUGAUGGAGAACGAUCCCGAGUCCAUCGGCCACCACUUUGCAUCCAACAGCAGCUCCGUGGCAGCCGCCAUCCUUGUGCCUUUCAUCGCCCUGAUUAUUGCAGGGUUUGUGCUUUAUCUCUACAAACACAGGAGGAGACCCAAAGUCCCAUUCAAUGGCUACGCUGGCCACGAGAACACCAACGUGAGGGGAACCUUCGAGAACCCCAUGUACGACCGGAACCUGCAGCCCUCGGACAUCAUGGCCAGCGAGGCCGAGUUCACAGUGAGCACGGUGUGCACGGCUGUAUAGCGCUGUCCCCACACGAUUCCUGGGAUCAGUGUCCAGUGGAUGAUUGUCCCACCUCUCCAUCUAUCCAUCCCCUCCCCACCUCCCUGCUCCCGUCCCUGCCGAGGCUGCGGAGAAGCUGCUGCACCUCCCUGGAAUUCCCGAAGGGCUGCUGGAUCCACCUGCUCCAUCCUGCUGGAUCUCCAAGCCAAAGGUUCUGCUCCGGCUCCGCUGCUGCCUCCCACCCCGCUCCGAGACCUUGGGAAGGCUUGGCGGUGGGAGGCUUUCCUGAGCUGCUCCCAGUGCUCCUGGAAGGAGCUUCCCAAACUUUGGGAAGAGCUUGGGCAACAAAGAAGUCGUGCACAAGGUGCUAGAUUGGUGGGAAACACCCGGAUUGGACAGGAUGAGGAUUUGUGUGUCUGGGUUUGGGUUUCUGGGUUAUUUUUUGGUUGUGUUUUCUACCCCAGGGCUUGAGCAGAGGAAGGGAUUUCAAAUGGGAGCUUUUCAAACCUUGGGAAGCUUUCCCCUUCUUUCCUGUGUUAGAUUUUCCUUUGGGCAUUCCUGGCUGGAUUUAUGGAAAACACCUGGAUGGGACAGGAUGAGGAUUUAGCUUUUCUGCAUUUGGAUUUCUGGGUUAUUUCUUUGUUGGUUUUUCUAACCCAGGAAGAGUUUUCAACAGGAACCUUCCCAAAACCUGGGAAAAGCUUCCCAAAGCUUUUCCCCUCUUCUCUGUGAUUCAUUUUCCUUUGGGUAUUCCUGGCUGGAUUCAUGGAAAUUCACUGCAUCCAGGACAAGGAUUUGUUUUUCUGUAUUUGUGUUUCUGGGUUAUUUCUUUGUUGGAUUUUCUACCCAGGAAGAGUUUUCCAAAUGGGGCCUUCCCAAAACCUGGGAAAGCUUCUCAAAGCUUUUCCCCUCUUCCCUGUCUUUGAUUUUCCUUUGGGCAUUCCUGGCUGGGCUUUUCCUGCGCUGUGUUCCCCCUGAUUGGAGCUGGGCUCAAAUCCCUGAUCAGGAAUUCGCUGCCAGACAAUUCCAGAAGGAACAGGAAUAUCCAAAGGGACAAAAAUCCUCUCUGAAAAGAACUCAACAAACCCUAAUUCCCCCAAAAGCUUCCCAAAACCUUUGCCCUUUUCAGACUGAUCCUCCAAAGGACAAAGCAGGAAGAGUUUUAAUUCCCAUCCCGAGCUGCUCCUGUUACUUCCCAGGGGCACUGAGGUUUCCUGGGAUUUUGUGGGAGCAGGGAAGGCAGCCUGACAUUUCCCUCCUCUGCAUCCUUGUGAUCCAGAGUUUGCUUGGAGUCACUUAUUUUGGGAUCAGGGGAAGCAGAGGUGCCACUCCCAGGUCACUGAGUCCAGGAGGCUCCAAGGAGGAUCAGAAUGAACCCACUGGAACGGAGUUUCCAUCCAUGCUCCAGUUCCAGCAUGGAUUUUCUCCUCCCUGAAGCUCUGCCUGCUGAAAACCAUUGGAUAAUUUGGGAAUUUUUGUUGGUUUAGCCUUGAUUUUCUGGGUGCAAAUACAUCAAAGUUUUAUUUUUCUUACUCCUGGCUCUCCUUCAGCUCUCCCAGAGGGAGCAGAAUUCCCAGCCUGCCAAAAAUGCCACCUCAGCUCCCAAAAAUCCCACCAAGGUGCCGAUUUCUCCCUGGGAAGUGGGAGCCAGAGCCCCAGCCCCGUGUGGGCAGGGGUCAGGGAAAUGUUCCCACAUGGAUUUGGGGACACUGGAGUCGGCUGUGCUCCCACCUGGAGAGGAUUCCAGGGUGAAAUGCCAGCUGGAUUGGGAUGGUGUCUGUCCUUCCCAGCUCAUGGGACACAAAUCCCAGUGAGACUCCAAGGGAAUGUUCUCCUUUUCCCUUGUCCCCUCUCCAUUGUUCCAUCCUGCCACUGCUGGAACAAGGCUGGGAGAACCCCUUGGAAUCCUUGGAUCCUACCCUGCCUCCAGCUGGGCUCUCCUGGCCCAUCUCUGGCCUUUCCCAAGCUCAGUUAUCCCUAAAAAAACCCCACAGCCCAACCCUGCCCCCUGCUCUGCUCUGCCCCAACACGUCCUGAUCCCAAUUCCAGCACCCAAAACUCCAACAAUCCUUGGAAGCAGAGCUUGGAUCCUUCCAAACUCCUGUCCAGAUUCCAGGGAAUCCUCUCCUGACUGGUCCAGGUGAUGCACAUGGGCUUCCCACACGUGGCUCCCUCUCAUUCCAUGGAAAAAUGAGGAGAAUCUCACAUCCAGGAGUGCAAAAUAAAUCCGAAAUAUCUAAAACCACCCAGGAAGGGAGAAGGGGGAACUCGACUUCAACGGAAUUCGCUGUUUGGAUCCAUGAAUUCCCUUUUCCUGCUGUUGCCCAGGGAGCCAAGGAAGUGGAAAAAGGGGUUUAUCCUAUUUUUUUGCAAUCUGUGUGGGAUCUGCUCCAUGCCAUUCUCCAUCCUUGUGCCCAGAGGACUUGCAUAUGGUAAAAAACAAUAUGGAAAAAAAUGAAAAUAAAAGGGAAAAAAAUGGAAAAAAAAAUAAAAAAAGGGAAAAAAAUGAAGAAAAAGAAAGGGAAAAAAUGAGAAAAAUUAUAAAAAACACAAAAAAAGCUCAAAUCCCUCUUUUGUACAGAGAUAUAUUUUUAUUAAUUAAAAGUUUGUACAGCUAAAAAAUAAAUUAAAAAAACAAAAUGUAAUUUUUUUUUUCAUUAUCGUAGGGAAAAACAAAGAAAAAAAGUAGUAGAAAAAAAAAAAUCAGCUUUUUUUUGUAAAUGUAAUAAAGUGUAUAAAUGGUUUCCAUAAAAAUGUACAUAUGGAAUCUCUCCAUGUCCCUGGCUUGUCUGCAGAAUUCCCAGUUAAUUUAUCUGUCUCUGUAUAUGAGGCUUUUCCGUGUGUUCCCGGCGUUCCCUGCGGAAUUUCAAAGCUAUUUUCAAUUUUGGACUUCCGAAUAAUAAAAAAAUCUCGAUUU